CUGCCCAAUCACAAACGAGGACGUACUUCCGAAGCUUAUAAAUGACAAGGUGACAGUUUUCACGGUGUACUCAUUGCCUCUAGCUGCAAGCUUGUCCCUGUAACCCCGGGCCCUUGUGUGCUGUAUCUAAUCGGCUUCAAACAUGUACGCAUGUGCUAAGUUCGUCACCUCACCUGCUGUGGUCCGCGGAGGAUCCAGGGUUUUGGCCCGGCCUGUUUCAGUCCUGUUCAAUAGACCUGAAGCAAGAACUGAACAGGCAGCUCUGUUGCCAGUCAGUGAAGCGACCCUUCUUAAUGUAACCCGGGGCUUCCAGACCAGCGCUGUAUCCAGAGAUAUCGACACAGCGGCCAAGUUCAUUGGUGCUGGUGCUGCCACGGUGGGUGUGGCCGGAUCCGGAGCUGGAAUCGGGACAGUGUUCGGCAGCCUUAUUAUUGGCUAUGCCAGGAAUCCCUCCCUGAAACAGCAGCUGUUUUCCUACGCCAUUUUGGGCUUCGCUUUGUCUGAGGCCAUGGGUCUGUUCUGUCUGAUGGUGGCGUUCCUCAUCCUGUUCGCCAUGUAACUUGGAUGUCUUUUCUUCAAGCAGUUCGACUCCCUUGAUCCGGAGAUUGGAACUCUGAUGCGCAGCUUAGGCCGUGGCACCGCCAUUCCAACAAAACUACAAGAAACUCUCCCUUUUUAUGUUCCCCUGUACCGUUUUUCUCUCUGAACGUUUUAUGUAAGAACUCAAUUCACAUAAGACCAUCUGAAUAAAUGGUUGAAAUCUG